AUGGAUGAGAUAGGCGACAACGAGCCGCCAUAUUUUGUUCCUCACAAACCGAGUGGACUGCCCAAUGCACGGCCAAAUAUCGUCAUUUUCAUGCCCGAUCAACUUCGCUAUGAUGCGCUCCAUUGCUCCGGGCUGAACCCGAUUGUGAAAACGCCAAACAUCGACAACUUUGCCGCCCGAGGCGUGCGAUUCACAGAAUGUUAUGUCCAAGCAUCGGUCUGUACCCAAUCUCGAUGUUCAAUGUUCACCGGCCUGUAUCCGCACGUGUCUGGUCAUCGUUCCUUGGAGAACCUCUUAAAACCAUGGGAGCCAAACCUCUUUCGAUCGUUGAAAGACGGUGGUUAUCAUGUGGCCUGCAUGGCCCCGCGAGGGGAUCUAUUCGCUCCGACCGUCACCGAGCUGAGUUUGACCGAGUAUGGAUUCUUGGAGCCGCCAGAGAUAUCCAAGAUCAUUGAUGGAAAUGGGGAUGAGCGGCCGGAAGAGGAGAUUACUAUCUGGGAGCGAUUGUUCUAUAAAGGGCGUCGUGAUGUGAGCAGGGCAGUGGAUUACGACGAGGCCGCCAUUAGAAGUGCAGAGAAAUGGCUCGACUGUCCCCCCGAUGACAAGCCAUGGGUUCUGUUUCUGCCGUUGUUGUUUCCACAUUGUCCUUUUACCGUGGAAGAGCCUUAUUUCUCCAUGUAUAAACGCGAGGAUAUGAGUUUGCCAUCGUCCCAUGAGGAAAAGACAGGAUACGAACCACAGUAUAUGCAGAUGAUCCGCAGCCGUUACGGAACCCAUCGCGCCACUCCAGAGAUAUGGGCAGAAAUCUCUGCGACAUAUCACGGCAUGAUCUCUCGACUGGACGACCAGUUUGGCCGCAUUGUCAAGAAACUCGAUUCGAGCGGACUCUGGGGUAAGACGAUUACCAUGCUUUUCACCGAUCAUGGCGAGUACCUAGGAGACCACGGCCUCAUAGAAAAGUGGCCCAGUGGCUUAUCAGAAACUCUGGUCCGUGAUCCCCUGAUUAUCGGCGGUGGUGGCCUCCCUUCCGGUCUGGUUCGCAAUAGCAUGACCGAGAUGGUUGAUCUGGUUCCGACCAUCCUACAACUAUGUGGUAUCGACGAGACUUUCCCGCACAAUGGCAAGUCGUUACUUCCAGCCAUCCUGGAAGACAAGCCCCAUCGGCAGUUCGCUUUCUCAGAAGGCGGCUUUCUACUUUCGGAGGAGCCGCUUCUCGAGAGAGCCUCGUUCCCGUAUGACCUCAAGGCCAAGUUACAGCAUGAAGACACACGAUUGGUGGGCAAGGCGAUAUCCAUGCGAGAUCAACACUGGACCUAUAUCUAUAGGUUGUACGAACCAGCGGAGUUGUAUGACCGCAGCGCCGAUCCCUUGGAACUGCACAACCUGGCGGCUGAUCCGCGAUUUGUGCACCAGGCACGGUUCAUGGAGAGCCAGAUGUUCCGAUGGAUGGUGGAAACGAGCGACUUGUUGCCGUAUUCAAAGGACGGCCGGUUCCCAAAGGUGGAUUUACCUGACCCCAAGGUCCAGUGGGAGAAGCGGAAAGAAAAACAGAGUAGUGGGUAG